AUGACAAAAUGGGAUCGAUCUUAUCAAAAAGAAAAUAAAUCAUUGGAGUUUGAUGACAGCAAUUCUUCUACAAAAGACCGUUUGCAAAGGCUCGGAUACACAACUGGAUACGGAACCCUUAAUAGUUAUCCAGCUACAACAGGCAUUGCUGCGUACAACCCAAUUAAAUUGGACUUGGGAGGAGUUGUUUUAGGCACACUUGUGGGAAUUGGUGCCAUUAUAAUAAUACCAAAGCUGUUAAGUGCUUUUCAUGGUGGCUAUGCCGGAUAUGGGCGAAGUGAAAAUGAGAACGAUGCUUCCCAAAUAACCAACUUCGUAAAUAAGAUAGACGACAUAUUGCGCCAACACAAUAUUGACUCCACUAGUUGUAUGCAACGAGCUGUGUGUAGUUACGUGCGAUCCACAGAAUUCAGCAUGCAGAAAGGAUUGGGCGAUCAAAUGGACGAAUUUGUUCACAUUUUAACCGAGAAUUCUCUUACGGAUUAUAUGUUGGAUGGAACGGCAAUCAAAGAAGCACUUGAUCAAGGAAGAAACUUAAACGCAAAGCCUUGCGGACACAUUUACUCAAACUGCCCGGUGAAUUCGGAAACAAUGAUAAAAAUGUUAAAUAAGUUUCUACCAAUGCCAACAAAUUCUCAAAAAACGACAUUCAAUUGA